AUGGCGUCGUCUAACGAAGCCGUGACUAUCGAGUCGCUACCCGAGCUUCUCAAGAAUGAUAACAAGGUCAAGCUUGCCGGCAUCGAUGUCGACGGCAUGCUCCGAGGAAAGCUGGUGUCCAAGAAUAAGUUUCUGUCCGUGGCCAAAUCAGGCUUUGGCUUCUGCUCCGUCAUCUUUGGCUGGGAUAUGCACGACAUGACAUACAUCAAGGAGCUGAAGAUCAGCAAUGCCGAGAACGGCUACCACGAUCUGAUUGCCAUCCCCGAUCUCUCCAGUUUCCGCCGCAUCCCCUGGGAGGAUAAUGUGCCUUUUUUCCUGGUCAGCUUCUUCGACCCGGACACCCAAGAGCCUAUUUGCGCAUGCCCCCGUGGUCUCCUGAAGAAUGCUCUGGCUAAAUUGCAAGCCAAGGGCUACGGUGCCAUGGCAGGAGCUGAGUACGAGUUCUACCAAUUCAAGGCGCCUACCCGCUCCGCCGAGUCCACGAGCUCAACCGCCGGAUACCUGCAAGAGAACCCCCCACAAGCUUUGCCGUCCCUUACAGAGGGCAUGUUUGGCUACAGCUUGACACGAACGGUGCACAACAAGGACUACUUCUAUGACAUUUUCGAGACUUGUUCCCAGUUCAAGUGUGACAUUGAGGGCUGGCAUACGGAGAGUGGCCCUGGUGUCUUUGAGGCCGCACUUGAGUUUGGAGAAAUUGCACAGAUGGCCGACAGAGCCAGCUUGUUCAAGUACGUUGUCAAGUCGGUCGCAACGAAAUACGGCAUCACGCCAUGCUUCAUGGCGAAGCCAAAGCAGGGCUUGCCUGGAAACAGUGGGCACAUGCACGUUUCCAUUGUCGAUAAGGAUGGCAAGAAUCUGUUCGCUCGAGAGACAAAGGAUGAGAAUGCGCCAUACCCCGAUGUCGCUAAUCUCUCAGACUUGGGUCGGCAUUUCCUGGCCGGGUUGCUGGAAGGCCUCCCAGAUGUCAUGACAUUGUUGGCACCCACGGUCAACUCCUACAAACGCCUUGUCGAGAACUUUUGGGCGCCGGUGACAGUAUCAUGGGGCUUGGAACACAGAGCAGCAUCAAUUCGUCUUAUCGCCCCGCCAACGUCAAAGCCUGGCGCAACGCGAUUUGAAGUUCGUGUCCCCGGCGCAGACACCAACCCUUUCUUCGUGCUGGCAGCAAUUCUUGCUCUCGGAUGGCGAGGUGUAGAGAAGAAGCUCGAGAUCCCCGUCCCGCCCUUGGGCAAGGGCGAGGAUGUUGGCGGCAAAGCUGACAAGGGCGUGAGGCUCGCAAAGAGUCUGCGUGAAGCAAACGAUCGUUUCAUGCGCAAGGAAAGCAUUGCAAGAGAAGUAUUCGGGGACGAUUUUGUCGAUCACUUUGGUGGAACAAGAGACCACGAGAUUCGGGUCUGGGACGAGGCCGUGACAGAUUGGGAGGUAAAACGGUACAUCGAAACGGUCUAG